UCUCAAGUCUGUCUCUCAGUCUCAAGUCAAUCUUUUAAGUCCAUCUUUCGAGCCAUUUCAAACCUUGAAGCCAUUUUAAGUCAUUAUUCUGCAGUUGAAACUCAUCACAUUUCGAACACAAUGAAGUGCACCUACAUCCUCACUCUCAUCACCGCAACCCUAGUCGCCUCAUCAGUCCUUCCAAACAGAGACCUAACCGAGAGACAAGCCAAAAAGUGCAAAACCUUCCAAAUCUUCAGAGACCCAGACGCCGUCGAAGGUGGCACGCCCGGUUUCGUAGGCACACCGCAAUGCUGCUGCCAAAACGAACAAUGCCACGUCAUCGACCGUGUCAACGGCAUCAACACCUCUGCGAACCUAAACGAUUUCCUUGCGGGUACGUUUACUAUUGAGGAUGCUCGCGGUCAAGAUAAAGGGACGCUGGGGUCGAACGAUAUUCGGGGGGCCACGUACACUGUUGGAGCGCAGGGUGGGUGUAGCAAGUGAAUUGGGGGGGGUUGGAUUUGAAGCGUUCCACGACGCAGAGCUUAUUUGGGAGUUGAGAAGAUUUGAGAAAUUGAGAGGCAACCCCUUUUGUUACUACGUUCUCGA